AUGGACGCGCUCAAGAAGAUAACGGGCAAGCGCAGCAGCAGCGACGCAGCGACAGAGGCAGCGACCGGAUCACGGAGGGAGGUGUCGUCCGCCAGCAACCAGCGGGCGACCGCUGAGGUGCAGCAGCAGUUCAAGGAGCUCACGCUCUCCCCGGCGCAGCGCGAGGGCAAGGAGCCUGUGUUUGAGGGGCGGGUGACAGAGGGUGACCCCAACAAUGUUGGCCACGUGAUCACCACCGCUGGAGGCAGUGGCGCCUCCAAGCAGGUCAUCCGCUACCUCACGGAGCGGGUGGUUGGCAAUGGCUCCUUUGGGGUGGUGUUCCAGGCCAAGUGCAUAGAGACAAGCGAGACGGUGGCCAUCAAGAAGGUGCUGCAGGACAAGCGGUUCAAGAACCGCGAGCUGCAGAUCAUCCGCAUGAUGAGCCACCCCAACAUCGUGCAGCUCAAGCACUGCUUCUACACCACCACCGAGAAGGACGAGGUGUACCUCAACCUGGUGCUGGAGUACGUGCCCGACACGGUGUACCGCAUCAACAAGCACUACACCAAGAACGAGCAGCGCAUGCCCAUCAUCCUAGUCAAGCUGUACACUUACCAGAUGCUGCGCGCGCUGGCGCACAUACACUCCAUCGGAGUGUGCCACAGGGACAUCAAGCCCCAGAACCUGCUCGUCAACAUCAACACCCACGCCCUCAAGCUCUGCGACUUUGGCUCUGCCAAGACGCUGGUCAGGGGCGAGCCCAACAUCUCGUACAUCUGCUCCCGCUACUACCGCGCACCUGAGCUCAUCUUUGGGGCCACAGACUACACCUGUGCCAUCGACGUGUGGAGCGUGGGGUGCGUGAUGGCUGAGCUGCUGCUGGGCAGCCCGCUGUUCCCCGGGGAGAGCGGGGUGGACCAGCUUGUGGAGAUCAUCAAGGUGCUGGGCACCCCCACCCGCGAGGAGAUCCACGCCAUGAACCCAAACUACACGGAGUUCAAGUUCCCGCAGAUCAAGGCGCACCCCUGGGCCAAGGUGUUCUCCAAGCGCAUGCCCGCAGACGCAGUCGAGCUGGUCAGCAAGCUGCUGGUGUACAGCCCCGCGCAGCGCUCCACCGCCCUCGACGCCCUGCGGCACGCUUUCUUCGACGAGCUGCGCGACCCGGCCUGCCGCCUGCCAAACGGCCGGCCGCUGCCGCCGCUGUUCAACUGGAUUGACGGGGAGCUGCAGCAGGCGGCCCCGGAGCUGCAGGCGGCGCUGCAGCCGCGAGCGCCAGCAGCAGCAGCCGCGUCCCAGCCGUAG